CCGGAAGUGAAAUAAUCAACAUGGAGUCGAAAGAGAGAGACAUGAACACUAAUGGAAAAGAUUUGCCUGAAAAAAUGGAUUGCACGAUACCAGAUAAUGAUAAAAGUUUUGAAAAAUGCGAAAUUGAAGCUAAUACGGUGUCUACAGUGAGUUUCAAGAUGCCGACUUUGCCAUCAUUUGCAAAACCCAAACGAAGUGAGGAGAAAGACGUCGGUACUACGAACUGUUUACGGGAAAAGGAGAAUAGUACAUCUAAAUCAUCAACUAUCAGAGAAGCGAAAGAAGAGAUAUUGACAGACGAAAACCCUUCUACAUCUGUUAUAAAGAAUUGUUCAAAAGCAGUCAGUAAGUUAUCACCUGCUGAACAGCUACAACAAUCCCGCAUUGCCAUUCCAUACAAAGAACCGCCUUGGGGUGGAAUUUGUGAGGAUGAAUACAAAUGUGAAGUGCUUAAAAAUGGAACCAUUGUUGACAGCAUAAAGUUAGACAAGUCUUACAUUGUAUUUGGAAGACUACCAAGCUGUGACGUUCCAAUGGAACACCCCUCACUGUCAAGACAUCAUGCUGUGUUGCAGUUCUGUACAACUACCAGUGAAGAGCGAGAGAAAGGAUGGUAUCUGUAUGACUUAGACAGUACACAUGGUACCUGGAUUAACAAAAACAAAGUGUACCCCAAAAAGUACUAUAGAAUUAGGGUUGGGCAUGUUCUGAAAUUUGGUGGGAGUACAAGGUUACAUAUUUUACAGGGGCCAGAGGAAGAUAGAGAAGAGGAGUCAAAUUUGAGUGUGGAGGAGAUGAAACAACAGAGAGAAAAACAAAUAAGGGAGGCAGAGUUUCUCAGGCAGGCAGAACGGGCUGAGGAGGAUAGGAAAAUACAGGAACAGAAAGCCAAAGAGGAGGCACGGGGCUGUUCCUGGGGAAUGGGUGAAGAUGCAGAAGAGGAUGAAGGUGACAGCAUCAUCAACCCUGAGAAUGAACAACUAUACAUAGAUGAUCCCAAAAAAGCAUUGAAAGGAUAUUUUGAAAGAGAGGGAUAUGAAGAACCAGAGUAUAAUAUCCAAGAGAAUGGUACAGGGAAGUUUAGAUGCACCGUGGAGUUACCGGUGGACACCUCCACAGGAGAACCGAUGGUGGCAGAGGCCAUUGUGUCUGGAAAGAAGAAGGAAGCAGUGAUUCAGUGUGCUCUGGAGGCUUGUCGUAUGGUGGACAGGCUGGGUCUGCUAAGGGCAGCCACUCAUGAAAGUCGGAAGAGGAAGAAGAAGAACUGGGAGGAUGAUGAUUUCUAUGACAGUGAUGAAGACAUAUUCCUGGAUAGGACAGGAGACAUAGAGAAGAAGCGAAAACAGAGAAUGCAGAAAGCUGGAAAACUCAACAACCAAGUGGAAACUUAUGAGUCUUUGAUGGAAAAAUUUAGCAGCAUACAGAAAGAAAUAAAGGAGAUUGAAGAAAAUCUAGCCCAGGCAAAGAAAGAGAUGGAGGCCAUGCAAGAUGACGGAGUGGAUGCUCUGGAUGCCUACAUGUCAGCCAUUAAGUCUGGAGCCAUGGACACCAAGACGAAGAUGAAGCUGAAGAGACAACUUCUAGAACUGAAAAAAGAGGAACAGAAGCUGCAGAAGAUUAUCAAUGUGGCCAAGCCUGCAGCCAUGCCAGAACUAAAAAGUAACAGUGCUUCAGUAAAGGCAAAGACGGACAAAGCCCCUUUCACCUUUGGUAGACUGAGGAAACCGAUGGGAAAAACUGAGUCGAAGUUCUUUUUGCAGUCCCCGCCUUUGAAACCUGAAAGUAGCGAUGACAUUGUCGAGGAGGAGGAAGAGGAAAUAGAAACUGCCAUGGAAACCACAGAAACAAGCAGUUCCUUGGAUACCCCAGCAAAGACACCUGGGGCAGAGAGCAGGACAAGUGUGAUGGAUGAUAGCAACUCUAAGGGUGAAAGAGCUAAAAUUGCAGAGGGUGGCAAAAGUAUUCAUAAGACUUCUAAAUCAGAAGAUAAAACGGUGCCUUUAGUUAAGGGUCCUGCCAUGCCUCCUCCUGAAUUAAGAGAAGACAACAAUGUUAAAACUGUACCAGCACAGGAGAACAAAAAAUCAGAGAAACAGAGGAAAAUGAAACCUUUCCCCAUGGUCAAAAAGGUAGAAAAACUGGGACCUUCCUACAACACGGAGGAUCCAGACUACGCAGUGUGGGUCCCGCCAAACAACCAGUCAGGUGAUGGAAAGACGCAUCUUAAUGAAAAGUUUGGUUACUAAUGUCACAUUGUUUUUGUAAAAUAAAAAUUAUGAAUAUUUA